UGGGAAUUUUUAUCUUUAAUUAAAAAUACUAUUAUUUUUUUUAUAUCAGUUUAAUUCUAAAGAAAACUUACAAUUGUUAGUAAUAGCCAAUGAAUCCUAAAAUAUUUAGUUGUUAAUCUUAAUUAUGAGAAAUUAACUUAAUUUUAUAUCUCUAGUUUUAAAAAUAUAUCCUUUUAGUACUGUAAAUAGUGAGAAAUUAUUAUAUAUUACACCCCCAUAUACAGUCUAUAAAUUCUCACAAAAACUAAAAAUAAGAUCAGAAAAAGAUUUUAUAAAAAUAAAAUAUUUUAAUCUUGUUUCUUGGUAUAUUACGCAUGUGUUCAUUAGAGAAACAACUAGAAUGAUCCCAUGUUUAACAACUUAAAACGAUGUAAAUGAUAGAUGCUAAAAUUGUUUUGCCUAUAUUUUUUCCUAUUUCACAAUCAAGUUUGGUAUUGUAAUUGCAAUGCAUUGUAAUAGUUCAUUUUCCCAGGGCCAAUAAAUUGUCAACCUCUUUACUAUAAGAUUCACGAGAGGAAUAUUACCCUUUUUUGCAGUAUGGUCAUAAAUAUUCAAACCCUAUCAAUUUGCAAUGAAGUAAAUUGCGGUAGACAAUUCAAAUUGGGAAAUUUCAAUAAGUUUUUUUAAUAAAAUAUGUGAAUUUUUAUUUAAAUUUAUCUUGUAGUCAGCUAAAAGAAAUUCAAAAUAUGUCGUCAUUUAAUGUUUAGAUUUCCUACGUCCUAAUUCAUUACUUUAUUACAAAAUAAACAUGAUUUAUAUAAAAUGGUUAGUUCUAUCCGAGAAGGUUAUUUCAAUUGGCAGUCUUUAGUUGGUUCGAUCAUUCUGAGGAACACUUCAAGAUAUAUUUCUAAAUACCCAUUGCCAAUAUAAUGUAUGCACUCUUAAGAUUUGCCAUAGAGAAAACAGUCGGUGCAAAUGUCCCAAAAAAAUAUAAUAGAGCGGUAUAAAUAAUAUAUAUGUAUAUAGGAUUCUAACUUACUCAUAUGACCAUGUGAAGCUAACAAGGAAACAGUAAAAUAUCUAAUAAACUCUUUCAUUAGUCAAUGCAGAUUUUUGGGCUCUUGUAUUCCUGAGAGCCAAUGCAAUCUUAUAUGGGUGGCUCUAUUCAUUUAGUUAACACACAUGUAAUGUAAUGUAAGUUGCAUCUAAAAAAUGAUAAAAGCCUCUUACUUGCAUUUAUUUAUUUCUCUUCUUCUACCUAUACUAUCCACAACACAAUGUUUCACUUGCAAAAACUUACCAUUAAUAUCAAAGCAACAACCAGUAGCUCUCACCAAUCUGUCAGCCCCCACUCCCCAGCCAGCUUCCCGGAGAUGGAUUCUCGGAUCUGGAGCCGGCUCCCGGAGGAGAUUCUUGAUCUUGUGCUAUCUUUCUUGCCUCUUAAAACAUUCUUGAAUCUCAGAUCAACUUGUAAGCACUUUAGUUCUCUUAUAUUUUCUCCUCCUUUUAUGUCUAAACACAAUUCUUCUGGUUCUCCUUUCUCUUCGUUUCUUUUACUUUCUCAUCCUCAGUUUCACCAUCGUUACUCUAUUUAUGAUUCUAUGCUUGGCACUUGGCGCAACUUAACUUUAUCGCUCUCUUUUUUGCUACCUUGUUCUGCUGUUAAUACUAUUACACAAUCUUGCACUCUUCUCUCAUCUUCCCAUGGCCUAUUUUGCUUUUCUCUUCCCAGUUCAGGUUCUUUUAUUGUUUGCAAUUUCUUGGCUAAAUCUUCAAGGCUUAUUGAAUUCCCAAGUUACCCUUUUUCUUUUGAGUCCGUCACUUUUGUUUCAACACCAUCUGGUUACAAAAUAUUUGUAUUUUGCUCCAAGUUUUCGUCAAUUUCAGCUUUUGUUUAUGAUUCAAGAGUCCUUUCUUGGCAAACAUUUGAUGGUCUUGAGCCAAUUAUAAGUGACAAUUGUCAUCAAGAAGGUGUUUUCUUUAAUGGGUUAUUGUAUUUUACUACUCCAGAGCCAUUUUCAGUAGUGUGCCUUGAUUUGGAGAGCAGAAAGUGGAAGAGAUUUAGCAAUGAAUUGCCAGGAGAGCUUACUUUUGUUAGGUUGGUGAGUGAUGGUGAAGGGAAAUUGUAUCUAAUUGGUGGGAUUGGAAGAAAUGGGAUUUCAAAGACGAUGAAAUUAUGGGAAUUGGGUGAUGGAGGGAUAUGGAAGGAAGUUGAGAGUUUACCGGAAAUGAUGUGUAGAAAAUUUGUGUCAGUUUGCUAUCAUAAUUAUGAGCAUGUUUAUUGCUUUUGGCAUCAAGGGAUGAUCUGUAUUUGCUGCUAUACCUGGCCAGAAAUAUUGUAUUACAAGGUAUCAAGAAAGACAUGGCAUUGGCUGCCUAAAUCCCCUUCAUUGCCUGAUAAAUGGAGCUGUGGAUUCAGGUGGUUUUCUCUUGUUCCAGAGUUGUAUGCUUUAGUUUGAGGAAUGUUGUUUUUCCAGUCUUCUGGUCUAAUUCUGCAUCUUUCAGUUUUUCUUUCUUGUUUUUAUUGUCUUUUUCUUUUUCCUUCCUCUUUUUCUUUUGUAUGUCUAAUAAGUUAGCAGCUUAGAUACAUAUCAAAGUAUGCCUUCUUUGCAUUUACUUUUUGUUCGUAAA